UCUCUCUCUCUCUGCGUGUGUGAGCGCCUCUCUCUCUCCCGCGCACACGCUCAGUCUGUCUGUGAGCGAAAUACUGAAAUGCACAGCCUCAACAGUAUCUUACAGCAUUCUUUGUUUUAGACAACUCGUGCUCUUCUGUGGUUUUUUUUUUAAUUUAUUUAUUUUACAGCGGCUGUUUUAAAAAUCGUGAUUGUGAUAAUUUGUUUCUUUUCUUAACCAGAUAUAAAAAGCCGUAUUUUGCAGGUGUUCAGAUAAGUGAGCGGAGUCAAAGUUUGCAAUGCCACUGAAGCUCUUUUAUUUAUUUAAUAUUUUGAGUUUUUCUGGAAAAAUGUACUAAUCUAAUUUUGCAAAAUUAUGUUUUAGUGGUGUUUUUUUUUGUCUUUUGUUUUUUGUUUUGUUUUGUUUAUUUCAGAUUUUUAUUCAAAUGCCUUCACUGGAUCAUUUGGAGUUAACAUUUCUGGUAUUUACAUAUUCCCUGCGUGUGGUUUACAAUGAGUUGGGAUGGAAUAUACAUUAAUUGAAGAUAAAUGCUGAUCCUUUCUGUUGGAGAAACUGUUCUGCCUGCAGUGUUCACUCAAGAGAGAUGACUACCAUAUCUAUGGAGCCCUUGGUGGUGAUGGUCGAGAAGAUCCCCAAUGCCACCGAUGCGCCACUGGAUCCCUCAGCCGAGGACAUGACCGCCACCCUCACUAUCGGGGCAAUCCUGUCCGUCAUGUGCCUGGUGGGCGUGUCCGGGAACAUCUACACACUGGUAGUCAUGUGCCACUCCAUGCGAUCAGCAGCUUCCAUGUACAUUUAUAUAAUAAACCUGGCACUGGCAGACCUACUGUACCUACUCACCAUUCCCUUUGUGGUCUGCACCCACUUCCUCAAGGCUUGGUACUUUGGCGAUGCUGGCUGCCACAUUCUGAUCAGCAUGGACUUCCUGACCAUGCAUGCCAGCAUCUUCACUCUGACCAUCAUGAGCACGGAGCGAUAUUUUGCAGUCCUCAAGCCCCUGGAUACUGUCAAGCGCUCCAAGAGCUAUCGCAAAGCAAUUGCGAUUCUGGUGUGGGUGGCCUCCCUGGUGCUCACCCUGCCCAUGAUCGUCACCAUUCAGCUCAUGGCAGUGGGCAAAAAGAGCAUAUGCCAGCCUACACUCAGUGUGCUGUCCUACAAGAUCUACAUUUCUAUUCUCUUCUGCACAAGCGUUGUGGCCCCCGGUGUGGUCAUCUGCUACCUUUACAUCCGUCUGGCCCGGACUUACUGGGUCUCCCAGACAGAGACCUUCAAAUUGACCAAAAAGUUACCCAACCAGAAGGUCCUGUACCUGAUCUUCACCAUCGUCCUGCUCUACUGGGCCUGUUUCCUGCCGUUUUGGAUCUGGCAACUCCUGAACCUGUACCAACCGUCCCUGCCUAUCUCCCCCAAGGCUGUGCGGAACAUCAACUACCUGACCACCUGUCUGACGUACAGCAACAGCUGCAUAAACCCCUUUCUCUACACCCUGCUCACCAAGAACUACAAGGAGUACCUGCGCAAGAGACAGAGGUCCUGGACUGCAGGCAGUUAUUUUAACCGGAGGAAUCGGUUCCAGAGGUCCCCGCGCCGCUCCCUGUCCUCCAGCAGCCAGCAGUGCACAGAGAGCUUUGUGCUCUCACACACACCUCGCACCAACAACAGCAGUCUGUGAGGCCUGGACGAGUGCAGGGUAGGAUGACUGUGGGGAGGGCGGAACAACAAGACACGUCUGACAGCGAGGAGAGGAAGAGGCAGCACGGGCAGUGAGAGGGGGGAUUUCUACAUCGCCAAAUGCUCACUCAGCCAUCCGAUAAGAUUUGUAUCUAUGACCAAAACAGGCAUCAUUGGACCUCAAGGACUCCAUCUAGGCGGUCGGACAUGGAUCAAAUCCUGGCAUCCACCAAAAAAUCAGCCAAAGAGUGAAAGGCUGCACUGUUCUGUUUUCCAGGGGUUCUGUAGGCCUCAUGGCCCUGUUUUCCUGUCUGGCCACAUUCAUUUCUCCCUGGCUUCUUCUGGCAAUCAGUAAAGAAUGGUCAUGGAAAUGUCAGCCUUAAUCCAUCCCCUACCUCUUUAGGUAACAUUCCUUCUCAUUUCUAGAUGGCAUGCCUUUCACUUUAACAAUAGCUCUUCAGCGGUUUCUAUGGUAGCACAGAUAUUUAUUUCCCUUUUCAGCUCCUUGAGGUUUUAAAAAAGUUUUUAGUCACACUGGAAUAUAAAUGGAACGCAAUGGUUGAAUAGCCAUAUGAUCAAUUAAAAUUGUACAUUUAAAUACAUUUUAAUUAGAGAAGUUCAGACUAGGUUUAAUUUGUACAUGAAAAUUUGGUUACGUGUAAUUUAUUGUAGGGCAUUAUGCUAAAUGAAAAUGUAAUUAAUAUUUGUAGUUCAUAAGUCAUCAAUCAAGGAAAUGUAGUGUAAGCUCUGGACAAUCAUAGGAAAAGGAUAUGUUAACUAUCACAGCACAAUACAAUCCCUUACUAGAACUACUACUACUAAUAUGUCACCAUUUUACUCAGGCAAGAAACAAACUUCAAAGCUGAAUAAGAUUUGUUGUUAUUCACGAAACCGCUUCAAAUGAGUAGGCAAGCAGGGUGUUAACUAAUAAUAAUCACUAAAACAGCCCAUGUCACCAUUUAAUAUUUCUGCACUACCAUUAACUCGCCAAUUUUCCUGCCUGUGAUAAAUAAAGUGACUGUUUUCUUCAGAGGAAGGAGUAUUUUCAUAUAACGCAAUGGAAAGGGAUCCACUUGGGCUUUCAGUAAUGUUGUUUUACAUAAGAAAUCCACAGAGGAAUUCCCUGUCGCAAUUCCAUACCUAAAAUAUCCAUGGAAACUGGCGCAAAAUGUGACUUGUCCUUUGAACUCCUUAUGAUCACAAUGAAUUAAAUACUGUUCUGGUGGUGCUUCAUAACAUUACAUUUCUCAGCUUCCCUUUAACAUACUUUGCAUUUAACAUGUAAAUAAAACCGCAGAUUUGUAUAGCCAGCAGGUUGAGUGGCAAUUCAGGUAAGGGAACCUGCCAAAGACAGUUUAAAAAAAAAAAAAUAUUGUCAUUGGUGUUGCUGUUAUUGUUGCUGCUACUGUUACUGCUAUUGCUCUACACAAAUGUCCUGUCAAUUAGCAUGUCUGGCUUGAUUUAUCACAUCUCUUCUGAACACAAGUAGUUUCAGCCUAUGAAAGCAGAAAAAGACAAUGGUGGCGGAACACAGGAUCAUUCCAUAGUGGAGUAAUGGGGCCACUUUUACGCUUGGUACAGACUGCUCCUCGCAGGGCUUUUCAUGCUGACCCGGGAGCCACAGUGGAUGGAUGUUGCCUGUAAAUCAUCCUGAAGGGCGCACUUCAAAACCACAGAUUCCUCACAUUCAGACUCCAAAUUUAUUUUCCACAGGGAGCUGUGUACUUGGACACAAGCAGGGCUGGCGUCUGCACUGCAGUCUGGUUUUACAGUCCUGGAUGAAUAAAACAGCCUUUCUUCUCUGUAGUAUGACAUUAAUUUAUUUCUUAUGAGAACACAUGCAUCUUUUUCAGAGGAAUAAUCCCUUCAGUUAGUAUAAGAACUGGGAAGAGAUGUGAAUCAGCAAACUCUCUUGGGAAAUGCUUUUUCACUGCUUUCUUUGUGCUGUGCCCACAACUAAUUCAUAUACGUUCUGUCAAUGCUGUCGGUUGUAUCUAUGCCUUGCUGUAAAUCCCAAAGGUGUUGUGAUGUUUAUUUCAUUUUGCAAACUAUUGGUGUAAAUACUCAGUUUCCAUUAUAUUAUUUAAGGACAUCUUGAAGCCAAACUGUUCUUACACUUGCAUUAAAUAUUCUGAUUGGCAAAACUGAGAGGAUUUCCUUGUGUGCCAGGUAAUGGAAACUGCUACAGCAAAACCUCUUACCCUGUAAUCUUAACUUCAUACAGGUAAAAACUGAAGCCAUUUUAAUUUAUAGAUAUAACAUAUUGGGUGUUAUCACACUGUCUCCAUUUUCAUAAGGGAAAGAGUCAAAAACAGAUCUGUGUAGAUGGAUAAUACCUGACUUGGAUGGCAGGUAUCCACAAAAUUAAGCUUAAGUAGGGAACAACCCAUACCUAUACAACACAGAGAAUUAGGCACUUUUCAAGGUUUCUGAUGGAAAUAACUACAGUGACCACAGACUGAACUCCUUACAAACCUUAACGUCUGUACCAUCUAACCUCAUACAGUAUUAACACAAUUCUGAUUUUUCUCUCAUACAGAUGGCAUGUGAAUGUCCAUGUGUGUUUCUGUGUGAGUGAUUCUGUAUGUAUGCGUUCCCAGGUUAAUGUUGAAUUUGACAGUCCUUCAUAAACUAAUGACUACUCCAGAUCACUCGAAGAGUUAUAAUCUGGAGUAACAAGCCACGUAGCCAUCUUGGGAAAUGUGAGCAGUUUUUAAAGAGGAUGUCACAAUGGAGUUAUAAAGCAUUUUGGAAAUGUGCCCAAGUCAACUAAACAACUGUAGUACUCUAUACCCUUCUUUAAGCAUCCUCUUGUGAGCACAGACCCACCAAUAGUUCAAAAAGCGACUGCUAUUGGUAUAGAAAUUAUCCUCAAUGCUUGUGAUCCAGAUAUUUUCUGCCAUGGGCUCUAAAAUGAAUCAUGUACUGGGUACAUGCUGUCGGUACAUUUUAUCUGACAUGAGUGUACAUGCACCUUGUAGAAAGAAAAGACCUGUCUAACCAAAUCUAAUUGAUCACAGUUUUGAUGUAAAAUAUUUCUCGAAGAAAGUAUUCAUGUAUCAAACAAAACAUCAAAUGUUUGUCUUUUCCAGUAAAUGUAAAUCUCUUCAAAAGCUGAAAUAAAAAUGGAAAUGGCAUGACAU